AUGCAGCAACAGCAGACGGCGCCACAAAUGUGGCAUUGUGAGCGUGAACGCAUGCGACAACAGCAGCAGCAACAACAACAACAACACCAGCAGCAGCAAAAGUUACAAUCCCAGCACCAACAGCAACAGCAACAUUAUCAGCUGCACGCUAAUCGUAACUACAAUAACAGCAAUGGCAAUAGCGGUAACAACAACAACAAUCACUAUUACUGAGAAAACCAAGUGAAUGCGUACGAUUUUGUGGCGCGAAUGUAAGCUGUGGCAAGCGUGCAUGUAGCAUUAGUGUAUGCCGCCUCUCCAACACCACGCUUGGCCACUGGUCGUUUUACCACAAAAACUGCACUCCAGGUAACCAACGCUGUUGCUGAUGUCUUAGCAGCUGCCGUCGUCGUAAUUUGUAUGAAUAGUCCAGUAAACGCCUGCAGAUAAAAAUCUCAAGAUAUCAAUAAUUCAAUAGCCUACACAUACAAGUAAUCAUAAAUAUUAAUUGGACAGAGUUUGCAAACAAAAGAGCACAGAAACAGUCGUAUCUUAACGAUAGUUGUAAGAAUUUGAAAAUUCAGACACAAAUGCUAAAAUGCAUUGCAACUAAGAAUCGAAAGCGUUCGCCAAAAACUGAAGCGCAAAGCCUACAUAUAUAUUGGAAAAGUCUACGCAUUUAAAAACUUUCAAAAUAAAAAUUUGUUUAAGGUGCUGCCAUAUGUUGCGUGUGCAGCUGUGAUAAAAUGUCUCAUGCGAUUUCCCUUUCCGGCGGUUUUUGCGCUUCAUGCGUGGAUUUGGGUACACCAAUGCAUAGUUUUACAAAAUAACAGUUGUAAAAAAAAUAUUAUAUGCAGCCGCAAACACACAUGAAUAUGCAUAUGCGUAUAUGCAUUAACUCACACAUGCCUGAAUUUUCAAAAGCAAACAAAAUUUGAUUCUACCAUUUCGUUUUCAAAGCAUUAAUAAAUUUAAAAAAAAAUAUAUAGCAACAACAUACAUACAUACAAGCAAACCUAUGUAAUAAAAUUCAGCAUAUCGCUCGGCCUAUGGAGCGAUGCACCACCACAUUGAUUAAAAGCGAGCUGGUUAAACGGUUAGAGAGUUGAAGAGCUUUUUGAGUUAGUUGCAUAAAUAAGGCGGCGCUAUAUAUAAUUUGAGCAACGCCAAUAUUUUCUUCAAAUCAAUUCAAUUUUAUUCAGUUUAAUCCUGGCGUUUAAAAUUAUUUGAAUAAAAAUAACAAAAUAAGUAAACAAAAAAUAACAAAAAUGUUUAUGCCUGAAUGGGCGACCUAUUUUAGUGUUCGUAAUUUUGAUUUCCCUUUUGAUUUUAGACACCGCUUUAAACUAUUUGAAAAGAGUGUCAAUAUAGACAUUUUUUAUAAUUUUUUAAAUUAAUCACUUUUCGUGGGCUGAUUUUUUAUACCAAGUAAAUUAUUUUCAUAAAUUUUUUGAUUGCCCACGAAAGUAUGCUAUAUAAUUAUUAAAGGCUUUCCGAAUGUGGAAAAUCGAUAUUUUACACAAAAAAUAAAAGAAAAUAUCAAAAAGCUGAGCACAAAUUUAAAUACGACUUGAAGUAGUUUAAAAACUCAAUACUUAUAGACGAAAAAGUCGAUAUAAUUAUUAAAGUGCGUUUAGUUUUUAAUUCUGUGGCGUAUUUUUGUUUGAUGUUCAUAUACGCGGAAUUUUAAUUAUAAAUUUCAGUUUAUUUCGAUCUGAAAAUACCUUCAGGUUUUACAGAUGCUUGGCUGUAACACAUUUCAAGCUUGCAUGCGCUAAUUUUUUAUUCUUCUUCUUAUUAUUUGGCGCAAUAACUGCUUACGCUAUUUUGGGCGAGUUUAACAAAGCGCGUCAGUUGGACACACCAAGUAAAGCCAAGUCCUACUCCAUCUGAUCUUUCCAACGCAGUGGAGGCCGUCCGCUUCCUGUGCUACCACCAGCUUAUACCGCAUCGAAUACUUGCUUCUUAUUCCAAUUUCUAAUACGAAUUUCAUUUACGUAUUGCAGUACGCAAUUAAGCGUCUAAAAAGUAAUUUAAACUUUUUUUCAAAUUUUUAAGGCCGUCUAAGUUUUAGUUGAAUGAUUUGCUAUGUAGAUAUGAAUUAAUUUUUUUUUUUAAUUUUCUCCUUACUUUUUCCCCCAUUAUCUAGUAACUCAGUGUGAUUUGUGACUGAAUUAUAAUUUAUAAUUUAUUUUUGAACAUUUUUGUUAAUUAUUUAAAAAGUGUAUGGUAUUUUUUUAUAAUUUAAUUUGCGAACACUUAAAAUGUAAUUUAAAAAAUUUUUUUGGCAACUCACUAGCCAGGCUUAAAAGUCAAACUCUUUAUAGCCUAUAACCAGCUCGUAGACAAUUGGAAAAUUCUAUUUUAGUAGAGAAAAAAAAAACCAAUAUACGAAAAUGCAAUAAAACAAUCAACACAAUGAAAUCACACGAAGGCAAGCUAAGACGAGUGCCUGAAGUAAAUAAUACAAAUUAGUUUUGACGGCAAUGUGCAAAGCUAUAAAACAGUUUGCAUUUAUUUGACUUUUUUGUAAAUGUUGCGCACGUGCGUUAUCAACCUAAAGCAGAUCUCAAAGAAAUAGAAAAAAAUUAAAAAUAAAAAACUAAAUUAUUUGCGGUUGCCUUUUAAGUAAACUCAUACACUUUUGUUGGUGAGACAGGCUUUCAAACUGUUAAGCAGUGGUCACUUCGUAGGUUUCCGGCGCAAAUAAACAGAAAUUAAAAGUAAUGAUUUAAAUAUUAGUUUUCAUUUAAGUCAAAGUGCCAGACGGGCUUUUGAGUCCCACAUAAAUUUUUUGACUUAAACAUUAAAUAAAUUAGCCAUUUUUAUACAAUAUAAAUAUUUGAGGUACGAAUACGAUGUAUGCAGUUUCGGUGCUCUUGCAACAGUUAAAGUGACUAUAAUACAUGCGAAAUUUUUUUGAAAAAAUUUUAAACAAAAUUUAAAGAAAAUUAAAAAAAUAAAAUUUAAAGAGAAAUUUAAAGUUUUUAAGUUUGCAACACAAAUUUUAAAAAUUUUCUGGUUUCUUUCGAAAACCACUUAUUAUUUUUGGCCCAAAAAAAUUCUAAUCAACAGUAAUUAAACAUUUUGACUGUAGAAAACCUCAAAGAAAUAUAUUUUUAUCGCAUUACAUUGCGAUAGCCACCAUACCUACGUACCUAAUGAAACAUGCCACCAAAGCGCACUUCGCAAAUUUGCAUACUUUGCAACAUGUUACUUUGCUAAUAAAUUUUCUAUUUUAAUUUCCUAAUAAAUUUUAUAAAAACACACACGUCUAAUACGCAACUCGCUUACGAAAAGUUACCGCAUAUAUUAGUGAAUAGCAGCAAUGAUCACUGCGUACUUUAAAAAAGAAGAAAAAAAGCAGCACAAGACAACAGGAGUUUUAUUAAAAAAAAAUAUAUAUAUACAUUUUUAUAAAAUAAUUUUUUUUUUUGGCAACUGAGUACAAGCAAAUAUUGUAGCAAUUAGAUUUGUAUUUGUAAAGCAGAACAGUAAUCGAAAAUAAUUUUUUUUUCUCCACAAACAUAUUGUUUUUCGACAAAUGAGUAUAAACAACUCUUGUAAAAAUUAUAUUUGUAUUUAGAAAGAAGAUCAGUAUUCAAAAUUAAUUUUUUUUUCUCCACAAACAUUUUUUUUCUACACAAUUUUUUUUUGUUUUGGCAAAUGAGUGUAAAAAAAUCUUGUAUAAAUUAUAUUUGUAUUUGUGAGAAAAUUGGUAAUCUAAAAUAAUUUUUUUUCUACACAAACAAUUUUUUUUCUUUGCUUUGUUUUUGGCAACUGAAUGUAAAAAAUAUUAUCGCAAUUAGAUUUGUAUUUGUAAAGCAAAUCAGUAAUCGAAAAUAUUUUUUUUCUUCACAUACGUGCAGUCAAAACUAAUUUGUACUACUUUUUAGUGGCACAUAAUUUCAAAACAAAUGCGCCAACGCAUUGACGGUACAUGAAAGAAUACGUUUUUAAUGAAAAGGAAGGAAUAGAGGAAGAAGUUGAAGAAGAAAAAAACUAUAAAAAACGCUAAGACUUAUUGCAACAAAACAAACAAAUAGUGAAAUAAAGUAAAAUGUAUAAAAAAUAAUGCAAACCAUGUAAUAAAAUGCAAGAAAUUACAGUUAUAAGCAAGAUUUAAGCAUAAAGUAUAAUUAAAAAUAUUUAAAAUUAAAUUUAAAUAAAAAUAUGGAGUUUGAGCAAGCGCAAAAGCUGCUGUUGGGCGCAGAAAAAGUUUAAUAUAUAUAUAUAUACAUACAUAUAUAAAAAACCCAUUUAAGCUUUUCUAUUCUACAAUACAUUUAAAUACAAAAAUAAGUAUACAAAUAUAAAUUUAAUUUAAAUUAUAUAUAAACAUACUUAUAUAUAUAUAUAUAUUUAAAUAUUUAAAUAUAUUGAUAAUAAUAACAAUGAGAGACGACGAAACGCUUAAGUUUUUGCUAUUCAUACAAAACCAAAAUAAAUAAAAGCCCAAAAUACAAUAAUAAAAAAGUAUAUUUAUUAAAAGAAAAUACUUUACAUACACUACUUAGUUAAAGAAAAUAAAAUGAGAGUCGCAUAAAUUGUAAGUGUAAAAAUUAUAGGCAGCGUCAAAGUGUAAGCAGCAGAAAUCUGCUGUAUUUAGCAUAGUGUAAAAAAGGCAAGCAGUUACAAAUAAUAUGAGAAAAAAAAGAAA